UCCAGUACAGCGCUCAAGUCCGUUAGCUAGGCCGGAAGUGGAGACCCGAGCGCCCCGCUGGCGGAGCCGGAAGUGCGCUAGCGAGGCGCAUACUGGCCGGAAGCCGAGCCCCGGACACGCCCACCUGCCAGUGGCGUCGGAGGUGUACCUCAGACAGCUUUGCUCUUUGACGGCGUCGCCGAGGAGGCGGACGGACCACCGUGGGGUCAAGGCGGAGGCCGAGGGCCGAGUCGGCAUGGCGGAGGGCGGGAGCCCCGAAGGGCGGGCCGGCCCGAGGGCCGCAGGUCCUAAUCUGAAGGAGUGGCUGAGAGAACAGUUCUGUGACCAUCCACUAGAGCACUGUGAAGAUACAAGGCUCCAUGAUGCAGCCUAUGUAGGGGACCUCCAAACCCUCAGGAAUCUACUGCAAGAGGAGAGCUAUCGGAGCCGCAUCAAUGAAAAGUCUGUCUGGUGCUGUGGCUGGCUUCCCUGUACACCAUUGAGAAUCGCAGCCACUGCAGGCCAUGGGAACUGUGUGGACUUCCUCAUACGCAAAGGAGCCGAGGUGGACCUAGUGGAUGUCAAGGGGCAGACUGCCCUGUAUGUGGCUGUAGUGAAUGGGCACCUGGAGAGCACUGAGAUCCUUUUAGAAGCUGGUGCUGACCCCAAUGGCAGCCGGCACCACCGCAGCACUCCUGUCUACCAUGCCUCUCGCGUGGGUAGGGAUGACAUCCUGAAGGCUCUUAUCAGGUAUGGGGCGGAUGUUGAUGUCAACCCUCACCUGACUCCUGAUACCCAGACCCUUUUCACCAGGCGGCUUACCUCCUUGGUGGUCUGUCCUCUAUACAUCAGUGCUGCCUACCAUAACCUUCAGUGUUUCAGGCUCCUUCUGAAGGCUGGAGCAAAUCCUGACUUCAAUUGCAAUGGUCCUGUCAACACACAGAAAUUCUACAGGGGCUCCCCUGGGUGUGUUAUGGAUGCUGUCCUGCGCCAUGGUUGUGAGGCUGCCUUCGUGAGCCUGCUGGUAGACUUUGGAGCCAACCUGAACCUGGUGAAGUGGGAAUCACUGGGCCCAGAGGCAACAGGCAGAAGGAAGAUGGACCCUGAGGCCUUGCAGGUCUUUAAAGAGGCCAGAAGUGUUCCCAGGACCUUGCUGAGUUUGUGCCGUGUGGCUGUGAGAAGAGCUCUUGGCAAAUAUCGACUGCAUCUGGUUCCCUCGCUGCCGCUGCCAGACCCUAUAAAGAAAUUUCUGCUUUAUGAGUAGAGUUCAGAUGCAGCGUUGACUGCAGUGAGGAAGCCAAUCAUCUGCAGUGAAAGUUGACUCUUACAUCCUGUGAACCAUGUCCUGCGCUGCCAACUUGUUCCCUGACUGUCAGUGAAGAAGAAACAGCCAUGUUCUCUUGAAUUGUGAUUCUGUCUCAGGUGCUUGGGCCAUUGAACACUCCUUGAGUCACUGUCAACUGCGAGGGGCAUACAAACUUAAUUUUGUUCUUCUUCAAUAUCUGUUCUGGGUUUUUACUGUUACAUAUUAAUGAAAUGGGUUGUGAAAUGUGUGCAGUAUGGGUUGAACCUGCAAGCCUCGUGGUAGCCCCAGUGGGGAGAGCUUGUAUUUUCCAAAGCUAUGCUUCUAUUUAUAUUCUUGCUUUGCAAUUAAUUAUUCUUUUAAGGCUUAAUAUCCAAACAAGAAGAGAGUUUUGAUAAGAAAACAUGUAGGAAACAGACACACAGUUCUUGCACUUGCUGGUCUGUUUUCCUGCCCGGGUUUGUCUAUAUGUGCUGUUAGGUGCGCAUCCCUUCUUACUGCUGCAGCAUUCUCUCUUGGAAGUGUCUUCAUUCCAAGAUGGUUUCUUGGCUGCAUACACUGCCUGCUGUCUCAGUGCAUGGAGGUCCCAGCACAGUGUCCACAGUGCAGCACCUGUCCUGGCAAAGGUUUUCUGAUGGAUGUCUCACCCUGGGGAUCUUCAGACAAUGAUUACCUUUAGGAGGCCCACCUAGAACUAGCCAGGAAGUGACUGCCCACAUUCAGACCAGGGACCAUCCCAAUAGCACUCACUGCCACUUCUCACAGGAUAAGAUGACACUGGGGUGCUCUAUAGAGACCCUCCCAUACAGAAAAUGGGAACUGUAUGGGCUACCUGGGUGGUUGGUUCCAGGCUAAGCAGUUCCAGCUGCUUGGUGCCCACCAGAGGCUGUGUCUCCCUCUUUCCAGUUCAGUGCCUUUGUGGGCACUCCUAGAGAUCUUUCCCUGUCUUGCCCAGGGUUGUUGGUGAGAGAGAUGAGCUCAGUCCAGGUGUGAGGGUCAUGGGCAGUUGGGUCAGGAACUACGCAUAGCCUUGAUCAUCCUCAGGUUGCUCCUUUUUGGUGAAAUUGCAUUUUGUCAUUUUGAAACCUCUUAGGACUAUUGUGUGGAUCUGUGGUGAUUGUAGACUUGAGAAUGUUUAGGGGCAAGCAGAUGUUAGAUCUGUUAAAAUUUUUGACCAUGAAAGAAAACUAACUUGUAAUGAUACUUUACUGUUGAACCGUCGUGUGGUUUAGUGACCAUCUGUGGAUGGAGUUCCAAACCUUACCCCAGUGUCUCAGAAUGGCCCUGUGCAGCAGCACCAAGCUGGCCAAAAUGCACUACAUGGAAUUCUAGUGGGCCUUGCCCCAGCCCUGGCCAGUGAGUACUGUGUCUGGGGUGGGAAUGAGCUGGGCCAGAGCCUGUUCCUCCCCAACCUCCCCCAGCUGUUCUGUAGGGGGGCCAGGCCACAGCACUUUAUGGGGACAUGAGUAGUGUCCCCUGUGCUUAUUAUUUUAGAAUCUCAGCACUGUGAGGUUCUGCUGCUUGUUCAAAACUUGGAGCUGGCAAACCUGAAUGCAAAACAGCAUUGGUGCUGGCUGAGGACACUCCUUGUCUCAGUAGCUCUGGAAGUUCUGCAUUUUGUUGCUCUCAAGGAUGAGGUACAGGUAGGAAAGAGCAACGCUAUUGUGAGCACCCCAGGUUCAUGAGAGGCACCAUGGGAAGCUGAUGUGGCCUUGGUAAGGACUGCUGUUUAUUUGAUAGACUUCUGAAAGCUCUGGGUGUCUCCUUAGUGUAGAAAUGUGGUAGGCCUGGUGACACUACUGCCUUCUGGCUGAGCUGGCCCUAGCAGAGGAGCUCAGUGGCCCAGAGAGAAGGAGCCUGAAGCUGUCCCUGCUCAUCCAAGGGGGGGGGGUCUGUGUGAUUGUUGCUAUUCCUGGGGCAGCCACUUGAUUUAAACAGAGGUUUAUGCCUUGAGUCUUGGCCAGGCAGGCUGGAGUUUAGCCAGUGCUGAUGCCUCAGAAUUUAUCUUUGUGUGUGCUUUUAGACAUAUUUCCAGAAACCUACCAAUGUCAUACAUUUUGUAGCUAUUGUACUUGCAAUGUUUGUCACUUUAUUUAUUUGCUUGUUUAUUUAUUCAUCCACUUAUUUAUUUGUUUGUUUAUUUAUUUAUUUAUACUCUUCUUCCCUGAUUGUUUUGUUUUGACAUUAGGUAAAUUUAGGCAAAAAUACUUUUUAAGUAGGUAAUUAGCAAUUUUCAAAUGUUGGCCAUUUCUGUUACUAGGCUUAAGGAUCAUCAGUUUGAAAGUUUUCCCUCUAUUCUUUCGUGCAUGAUCUAAAAUUUUUGUUGUUUGUUUGUUUUGAGACAGGGUUUCUCUGUGAAACGGUCUUGGCUGUCCUGGAACUCGCUCUGUAGAUCAGGCUGGCCUCGAACUCACUGAGAUCCACCUGCCUCUGCCUCCUAAGUGCUGGGAUUAAAGGCAUGUGCUACCACUGCCUGGCUUCUCAUAUGAUUUUUUUUUUAAGAUAAAAAUUUCCCGAAAAGAAAAGUACUGUAUAUGGGCCUGAGCAGAGAUAAGCAUGCCUGACCUGUUUCAGCCAAUUCCUGGAGCUGUGGAGGCUCUACUGCAGGCAGGAGGACCUUUGUGCUGUGCCUUUCAGUGGACGCCAGUGACGUCCUGUGAGAGCUGACACAGGCAGGCCCUUUGGGAGUGGUCUCUGUCCCAUGGUCUUAAUGGAAGUGCACUUGAUGGUGGUAGCAAUGUUGAGAGCUGGAGCUGUAGCUUGUGACAAGCUGUACUGACCUUGUGCUCUGGUAGCACAGUGGGAUCAUUGCAGCCCACAGUACAGCAUCUACAGAGAGCUGUGCAGUAGGAAGGAGAAGGGCAGUGUGUAAUGCUUGAGGAAAUCCAAUUUCCUCAGCUGACUGACUUGUCUUAUUCGGCCGACAUGUCCUUCCUGGCAGAUACUAGAAUGUUGGCUUGGAAGUGAUGCUGCAGUCUAUGUCUUUGCAUUUAAAACACUCUUGGUUGCAGUUCACAGAUUUUUUUUUCAAGUUUACUUGUUGCUGAUAUCCUGGCACAGUCCGGUUAUAGUGGAUGUUACAAACUAAUGAGACAUUUUGGAUUUUUAAUAGCCUGAAUGGUGGUGAAAGGCUUCGCAGCUUUCCCAUGCCUGGGGUCCAAGAGUAUUCUCUAGGGUCACUGCGCAUGGCCUAAGAAGUCUAGACAUGGACCUCUACCACCCCAAAUUCACAAGGCCACCCCCAGGGAGGAUUGUUUGUCCCCCACUCAGGCCUUGGGAACCAGUGGCACCAAGGGUGCUGGUGAUGGCACCAGUGGUGGUCCGCAUGUCCUUUUGUCUCCUUACUGUCUGCCCUCUAGGCACUGCCCUGCAGGGGUCUAAUGGCUUCCAUCAGUACAGAGCAAUUUCUGGAAGCCGUCUCUUUGACUUGGGAGCUCCUUCCUUAUCCUUCUUAUGUUCCCCUCUCCUUCUCAUGCUCCCUCGGCAUGAAGUAAGUAGUAGGUCCAUGUGCUUAAAUAUUAGGGAUUUGCGGUCAUUCCAAGAAAGCCCCACAGAUGGGGACAUACAGGUCUGAAGUGGACAGUGAUUUGUGGAGUAUUUGCUCUACAUAACCUGACAAAAGAUGAUGAAGUGAGAAGGAUAUAGGGACCUUCUGGAGCCUCCACAUGUGUCGGACACGGAGUUCUUUUCAAUCAGUCCUGGGGAUUGAACCCUGGUCCUGUGCAUAUGAGGCAAGUACUCUACCACUGAGCUGUGUGUUCAGCCUCUUUGUUUUGUAAAUCUGACUGGAGAUUGGCAUUUAUGAACAUGGCUUUCUUGCACAUGCAGUGUGACUGUUUGCUCCUGAUGGCUAACCAGCCCUGCUCUCCCUGUAGUGUCUGCACAGCUCCCACUGCUUCUGUUGGUGUUGGGCGUGUGUAUCAUGCACUAGAGUCUGUGUGCUUGUGUUGGAGACAUGCUCACUACAACCCCCUCUUUGCUAUUUGGGGAUUAGUGUGUGCUUGUUUGCAGUGGUCAGGACAGAUUGUUUUUUGCCCUUGUGCCUAGUUAAGAGCUUUCAAAAGUACAAUAACAUUUUUGAUACAUUGUUAUAUAAAAAAAUGCUUUUUGCCCUCUGAUUUCCCUCCAAAAUGCCUUAAUUUUGUGGCCUGUAUCUCACUGGGUAGAAGCUUCCUUCAUGUGCAGUCUUUUAUUUACAUUCAUUCAUUCACUCAUCCAUUGUGCGUGAUGUGUAUGCUUGUGUGUACAUGCAUUCCCAUGUAAGCUAUGGUGUGGGUAUGGAGAUCAAAGGACAGCUUAAGGGAGUUAGUUCUCUCCUUCUACCGUUUGGCUCCAGGGAUUGACUCAGAUAGCUGUAUGGUGGAAAGUGCCUUUAUCCUCUGAGCCAUUUUAUCAGUCCCCAUGUGCAGCUGUGUGCACAGAGAAAGUAGAAGGGACUGGCUCCUGCAGAGUUUCCUCUGACUGGAGAGAAGGCUUUACUGCGGGAGUUUACAGCUGUUGAGAAUUCUGGGGCUGCAGGGUGGAACCCAUAGUGUUGCCCAGAAUUUAAUUACCUAACAGCCUGUUUCUCCUAGUGGCUCGAGUUCCUGGAUUGAAGAGAGUUGCAUCUCACAGCUUUCUAGCCAGUGACAUUCUGUGCUGUGGGGAGGAGGAGAACACUGCCAUUUUCUGUCCAAUGGUAUUUGUGAUUUAUUUUGCCAGUUUGAAGGUAGUGAUGUGGCAACUUUGGAUAAGCUGGAGGGAAUGAACUGAAUAAAGGUAUUUCUUCAUCUUGA